CACUCUCUCCCAACCAUGCCUUCCUCUCUCUCCCUCUCCCAGCCUGCCCUCCUCCGCCCCGCCGCCCUCCCCUCCUCCGACCGCCCCUCGCUCCGCCUCCCCCUCGCCCUCCGCCAUGCCGCCACCCCUCUCUCCCUCGCCCUCCGCCGCCGCCCCGCCUCCGUGCGCGCCUCCGUCUCCGUGAGGACAGUCGAGAAGGCCCCCGCGGAGGCCGCGCUGGUGGAGAAGUCGGUGAACACGAUCCGGUUCCUGGCUGUGGACGCCGUGGAGAAGGCCAACUCCGGCCACCCCGGCCUCCCCAUGGGGUGCGCGCCGAUGGGGCACGUGCUCUACGACGAGGCCAUGCGGUACAACCCUAAGAACCCUUUCUGGUUCAACCGCGAUCGCUUCGUUCUCUCCGCUGGACACGGAUGCAUGCUCCAGUACGCGCUGCUCCACCUCGCCGGAUACGACAGCGUCAAGCAAGAGGAUUUGAAGGAAUUUCGCCAAUGGGGGAGUAGAACUCCGGGACACCCUGAGAAUUUCGAGACACCUGGAAUCGAAGUCACAACAGGUCCUCUUGGUCAGGGUAUUGCCAAUGCUGUUGGUUUGGCCCUUGCGGAGAAGCACUUGGCUGCAAGAUUUAACAAGCCUGAUAACGAGAUUAUUGACCAUUACACAUAUGUUAUAUUGGGUGAUGGUUGUCAAAUGGAGGGAAUUGCAAAUGAAGCGUGCUCACUUGCUGGCCACUGGGGACUGGGGAAGCUGAUAGCAUUUUAUGAUGACAAUCACAUUUCAAUUGAUGGUAACACAGAGAUUGCGUUCACUGAGAGUGUUGAUAGUCGUUUUGAGGGACUUGGGUGGCAUGUUAUCUGGGUAAAGAAUGGAAAUAAUGGCUAUGAUGAUAUUCGUGCUGCCAUUAAGGAAGCAAAAGCUGUUAAAGACAGACCCACCCUGAUCAAGGUCACGACAACCAUUGGUUAUGGUUCUCCUAACAAGGCUAACUCCUACAGUGUGCAUGGAAGUGCAUUGGGUGCCAAAGAAGUUGAUGCCACAAGACAGAAUCUUGGAUGGCCAUAUGAGCCUUUCCAUGUGCCUGAGGAUGUCAAAAAGCAUUGGAGUCGCCACAUCCCUGAGGGUGCUGCACUUGAAGCUGAGUGGAAUGCUAAGUUUGCUGAAUAUGAAAAGAAAUACAAGGAAGAAGCUGCAGAAUUGAAGUCUAUUAUCAAUGGUGAAUUGCCUGCCGGUUGGGAGAAAGCACUUCCGACGUAUACACCAGAGAGCCCAGCUGAUGCCACCAGAAACCUGUCUCAGCAAAACCUCAACGCCCUUGCAAAGGUUCUUCCUGGUCUUCUUGGUGGUAGUGCUGAUCUUGCUUCUUCCAACAUGACCUUGCUAAAAAUGUCUGGGGACUUCCAAAAGGAUACUCCUUCAGAGCGCAAUGUCAGAUUUGGUGUCAGAGAACACGGUAUGGGAGCGAUCUGCAAUGGCAUUGCUCUUCACAGCCCUGGACUCAUUCCAUAUUGCGCAACUUUCUUUGUUUUCACUGACUACAUGAGGGGUGCCAUACGGCUUUCGGCCCUAUCCGAAGCUGGGGUAAUUUAUGUCAUGACCCAUGAUUCAAUAGGACUUGGAGAGGAUGGGCCAACCCACCAGCCUGUAGAGCACCUGGCCAGCUUCCGGGCAAUGCCAAAUAUUUUGAUGCUUCGUCCUGCUGAUGGCAAUGAAACAGCUGGAGCAUACAAAGUUGCUGUGGUCAACAGGAAGAGACCCUCCAUCCUUGCCCUUUCCAGGCAAAAACUGCCCCAGCUUCCCGGAACUUCUAUCGAAGGAGUUGAAAAGGGUGGUUACACCAUUUCAGACAACUCAACAGGCAACAAGCCUGAUGUCAUUUUGAUUGGAACCGGUUCCGAGUUGGAAAUUGCUGCCAAAGCUGCUGAUGACUUGAGAAAGGAAGGGAAGGCUGUUAGAGUUGUUUCCCUUGUUUCUUGGGAACUUUUUGAUGAGCAAUCAGAAGCCUACAAGGAGAGUGUUUUGCCUGCUGCUGUUUCAGCCAGAGUUAGCAUUGAGGCAGGAUCAACAUUUGGGUGGGAGAAAAUUGUUGGAGCCAAAGGAAAAGCAAUAGGUAUUGAUCGAUUUGGAGCUAGUGCUCCAGCAGGAAAAAUAUACAAAGAAUUUGGUAUCACUAAGGAAGCUGUUGUUGCUGCAGCAAAAGAGCUUAUCUAGAUGUUUUAGUUUCUGCUCAUUUAGAACUUUUCAUUUUUUUCUUCUGGUUUUGGUUGAUAUUUACAAAGAGUGGGGGUUGUUUCAAGAGCAUUCCGUGGCUUGAAUAAGUAAAGGUUAAAUAUCCUUUUAUUGGGGUUCAAAGUGAAGAAAAAGCACAGAUCAAAGAUUUUGUGAACUUGUAAUAACUAUUUGACAAUUGAGUUUUGCACUGCCACAUGAUUAAAUUCAAUUGCUAAUACACUCAUAGCAUUUGUUCAUUUUCCAGCCAAA